UCUCCUAUAAGUAUAGUGAAACUAGCUCUCUCCUGCUCGUGGACUAGCUAACACACAUUGUGUUAGUGAACCACGUAAAUCGUGUGUCGUGUGUGUGUUUGUGCUUUCGUUUUCUUGCGUUGUUGAAUCCUCCUGUUUCCCGAUCCGUGGAGAAACAGUCGUGACAAGUGGUAUCAGAGCGCCGGUUGGAAAUCAGUAAGGUUUCGAUUAUGAAGAAUGACGUGGGUAAACAUGAAGAUCGAGAAGUUCACGGGGAAGAACAGUUUCAGUAUAUGGCAUAUCAAGAUGCAGGCUCCAUUGAAACAACAAGGGUUGUGGGGGCCACUGUCUGGGAAACAGAAGAAGGCAGCGAUCGAUGAUGAUGAGUGGAAUACCCUGGAGGAGAAGGCACACUCGACCAUCAUGCUAUCAUUUUCUGAUGACGCCAUCAUUGAAUUCGUUGCCUAGAAGACUGUGACAGACUUGUGGUUGAAGCUGGAGAGCCUGUACAUGACUAAGUCUCUAACCAACAAGUUGCAUCUCAAGCAACGGUUGUUCAGCUCGAGGAUGCAAGAAGGUACGAUUUUGAGAGAACAUCUGGAACAACUUAAUUCUAUUUUGUUGGAUUUACGCAAUAUAGAUGUGAAAGUCGAUGACGAAGAUGCUGCCCUAAUACUACUUGUUUCUUUACCGAGUUCAACUAAGAAUUUCGUGGAUUCUUUUUGCUGGUAAAGAUAGCUUGUCGUUGGAGGAUGUCAGAUAUGUUCUUCACACGAGAGAUAUCAGACAUAAGGCGUUUGGAUCUAGUACAUGUGGUGAAGCAUCGGGGUUGGCUAUUACAGGUGGAAAGGGAAAGAAGAAAUUUAGUAAAGGGAAUUCGAACAGAAAUUCGAAUUCUAAGGGUCACGGUCCACAGUCAAGCGAUGUCAGCCACAUAUGUAAGGAAGUGAGGAAUUGGAAGUACAACUGGCCCAGAAAGAGAGGGCAUCAUAAUAACCAAGGUUCAGUUGUCGUGAUAGAAGUGGACAAAAGUUCUAAAGGCGAUCUCGCCUUGGGUGUAGAUGAGAAGACACAUCGUGGCGAUGUGUGAUUUCUGGAUACUGCAGUUUCAUAUCAUAUGUCUCCGAAUAAGGACAACUUCUCAACCUACAAGCAGAUAGAUUGUGGUAAUGUCGCUAUUGCUAUGUAGCUGUAUGCAAAGUGGUUGGAAUUGAGUCUAUCAAGAUUCGGACACAUGAUGGUUCGUUUUGUACCGUGAACGAAGUUAGACAUGUUCAACAAAUGACGAAGAAGUGCUCUACUACCUGCUCCUUAAACAUUCCAGGAAAGGACUUUAAUAGUAGAUUGACUAAACAUAAUAAAUAUACAAAAGAAAGAGUAAGGAAGAAGGCUUAGUGAAAUUGGGAAUCAGGAGAUGUUGUCAGUUGGCACCGCUGAAUCGGUUUGACUAGUAGAAAUUGCCAUUCUUUGUGUCGUUUCAGGGCCCAACUGGGUUUCCACCUUGGGCACAUCUUCUAGUUUCCCAUUUUCAGUUUUCUGCAAUCAUUCUCCUUAUUCUACGAAUGAGUGAAGAACUGUUCUAUGUCUUUGAUGGUAAUGGGAAAGCCUUUUUCGUGACUGUAGAAUUGCGAGACAACCCUUUUUCUAUCAUUUUGAUGUUGAAUCUUUUUUGGCAGGCGAGCUCACUUGCAGUGGUUUCUUUCUUGCUUUAAGACUGAUGCACUUGUUUUGCUUUUGAAUCGGCGACCGUUCAGCUUGAUGUCUCUGGUAAUGUUGCCUAUUUGACUCCUUGGCAAGACGGUUUUUGUUUUCUUUCUGAUUGAUCACUAGAGGCGGAACCAAAAUCACAUGAAUAGUAGUAUUAUUUGGGCCCAUGAUUGGUGAAGAAGUCUGUAAAGUUGUCCAUGACGUGGAAGCUUGGGUCGCGUCCAUCAUAUGGGCCUCCAACCCCAGCCCUUGAUCCACUUGGGUCAUUUUUUUGGCCUAUUACUCUCCAUUCUUGCUGCACUGCGAGCUUCUUCUUUCCAUUUGUGAAACUUUCCUCCAAUUGCUAUGUUUUCCCCUUUCGCUCAUCCGAGCUUCCUUUCCCAAGGUCUCCCUUAAAUUCCUUGUUUCCUUUUGCAUCUGCAGCAGAUAAUCCUCUCGUUGAUUCCUCCUUUCCUUUCUCGGAAGAUUUAGUAGCCGUUUUCCCUAAGUCCCCGCCUAUCAUCUGCGGAAGAUUUGAUUUGAUUUCUUGUCCACUUAAAACUGCAAAUUUUGAAAUUAGUAACUCAAAUCAUUAAUUAAAAUUAUUAACAAUAAAUUACACCUUCAUUUACCCCUUUCUCCUAUUAAAUUUUAGGGUGUGCC